UAUCGUCUCAAUUCAAUAGUGCCGAGUCGUAACGUUUUCCUUAUUGUUCAAUUAAAAUAAAUUAAAUACCAAUAACCUCUAACUAGGACCGUCGCCACUCUGAUAAACUGGCAUCUUCUCUUAGAAAAUUGUCCUAUUUCGUUUAUACUUAACGACAAAAUGAGUAACCUUUUUGUAAGCCGCGAACAUAUAUUGCAGGGGGGCUAUUUCCAUUCGACAUUACGAAAACUUCAAGAGCCGGACACGAGUAUUGAGCCUCACAAUAUUAUGUACCCAGUUUUCUUACUAGAAAAUGUUGACGCUAUCCAACCUGUGGCCAGCCUGCCAAACGUGAACCGGUAUGGUCUGAACCAGCUCAUUCCGGCGCUCACUGACCUGGUAGAGAAAGGGCUUAAGUCCAUACUCAUAUUUGGCAUUGUUGAGACUCUACCUAAGGAUCCAACAGGCUCCAAUGCGGACUCGCCAUCCAACCCAGUUGUCAAGGCUCUCCCCAUACUGAGGGCUACAUUCCCGUCUCUGCUCAUUGUUACGGACGUGUGCCUCUGCCCUUACACUUCUCAUGGGCACUGUGGGGUAUUAACUGAGACUGGUGCCAUCGACCACGCAGCGAGCGUCAAGAGAAUAGCCGAAGUCGCCCUGGCCUACGCUAAAGCAGGCGCUCACGUGGUCGCUCCGUCGGACAUGAUGGACAAUAGAAUAAAAGCCAUCAAGGACGCUCUCAUUGCAUCCAAAUUGGACAACCAGGUUUCUGUUCUAUCGUACUCGUGCAAGUUCGCGUCGUGCAUGUACGGCCCGUUCCGCGACACGAUGAAGAGCUCCCCGAUGGAGGGCGACCGGAAGUGCUACCAGCUUCCGCCGGGGAGCGCCGGGCUCGCUGCCAGGGCUGCGGCUCGCGAUGUGGCUGAGGGCGCAGAUUUUCUGAUGGUAAAACCUGGCCUGCCGUACCUGGACAUCGUUCGGCAGACCAAGAACCAGUUUCCUAACCACCCACUGUUCAUCUACCAGGUGUCCGGUGAAUACGCCAUGAUAUGUAAAAGCGGCGACAGCAGUGAGAUCGAGAAUACUUUGAUGGAGACGUUGACGUGCAUGAGACGUGCAGGUGCCGACUGCAUUAUUACCUACUUCGCUCCACUGGUGCUCAGCAUAAUAAACAAAAAGUGAAAUGUUUUAUACAUAUGUAUCGUGAAAAGCAUAAAUAAUAGACUAGGACACGUAAACUAAUACUUAGCGCUUGACAACUAAACAAAGGACGAUUAGCACGAGAAAUUUCGUACAUUGACCCACCUGUUCCCACCUCUAUCGCACGCGCGUCAUUAGGUAUAUUGCUGUCCCGCCGAUGAUGACGGCGGUCAAUGAAACUGUGCGAGCGGGACAGCAAUAUAAUUAUUUGCAUGCGAUAGAGAUAUGAACAGGUGGGUUAAUGUACGAUCGGGGGGCACGGCAGUGCCCCCGCCAAGUCGAGCGCGAAGCAAACACUGCCGUACCAUCCUUUACUGGAACCAUUUCGCCGCAUUUUCAGGCCCCUAUUUGAGAACCUCUGGAUAAGACCAGAACGCAGAAAUUUUGGUCAUCCAGUAAGCUAUAAUCACAUACUUAAAAUGCAAAAUUUCAAGUCUGUAGGUCAUUUAGUUCCGAAGUUAAGCGAAAGCAAAGUUUCGCAUUUAUGAAACUCACUCAUGAUCAUCAGAAUAGAACUAGUACUUCCCAUAAACUCAGAGAGCUGAAAUUUGGUACAGAGUUAGGGUUUAAUGGCCACAUAAAGGGAAAACCUAAAAAUAUUGCAAUAUCAGUCACGUUUUAAAGAUCUAAGAACUGCAUAAGUAAGUUUGUAAUCCCAUAUAAAUAUAUGAUAUUACAAAGUUACUGUUGCAGUUCCUACAAAUAGUAGGUAAAGUAAAGGUACACUACGAUGUACGAUGUGAGUAUGAAUGAAGAUAUGUUUAGUUAUGAUAUGUGUAUACAUAGUAUGGGUAUGAGUACCCGAAAAGAAGGACUGCCUACAAAAAGAGAUGAGAUCCCAUCAAAAACAUUACAUGUAAAAAGGUGCAAGUCUCGCAACGCUUUUACUACAAAAAAGUUUUGAGAUGUAAUGUGAAACCAAGUCGCUUAUUUUAAUCAGUGCCAGGGGGUGUUAAAACCGUAUCAAUAAGAUAUCUUUAAUUUGUAAUACGUAUAAUGACUUGGCCAUCGCACGGCUGCAUAAUGACAAAAGGAUCAUCGUCACCUAUUAAAAAUAAUUCUAAUUGAACAUAAGCUAGCGCUAAUUGCAGUUUGAGCAUUACACAUAUUUACGAGUACGGUACGAGUAAAGCAUUAUGUGCGAUUGCCAAGUCAUUAUAUGAUGAUUAGUGACGGAUUACUGAUUAUUAUUUAAUUAUUAGAUUUAAUGAAUGGGCAAUACGAAAAACUGUUGCUACUGUACAAGAAUCAGAACCGGAAAAAAAGAAAAGAAAGAUUUGUAAUAAUAAAAAAACUACUCCUAAAAAGAAAAAAAAUGUGUUAAAUAAGAAAAUCUAAUAAAAUAAAUCAAUAUGCCCACGUUUCUACAAAAAGAAGUGAAAUCCCACCAAAAACAUUCUGUAAAAAAACUAGCCAAGUCUCGAUGGAGCUGCUUGUUUAUCUCUAAAAAGUAAUGAAAUCUAGACAAAGUCGUGCCAAGUCAAAGGUUCCUUACUGCGAUUUCUUUAUUAUUAUAGUUAAUGUUGUGUGACUUGGCCGUUGAAGGGUACACAAGGGAACAAAACCAGGUGCUCCAUGACACCAUUGCACCAAAAAGAAGUUUUUGUUUCAGGCUCGCCCAUACAUAAGUAUUAUUGAAAUACGCAGCUUUAUCAAGCCUACAAUUGACUGGUUAUUGAAUCAACGUUUUCCAAGUGGCAAUUUUCCAUCGUCAAUGGGUAGCGGUUCUGGCGACAGAUUGGUGCAAUGGUGUCAUGGAGCACCUGGUUUUGUACCCUUGUGUACCCUUCAACGGCCAAGUCACACAACAUUAACUAUAAUAAUAAAGAAAUCGCAGUAAGGAACCUUAGACUUGGCACGACUUUGUCUAGAUUUCAUUACUUUUUAGAGAUAAACAAGCAGCUCCAUCGAGACUUGGCUAGUUUUUUUACAGAAUGUUUUUGGUGGGAUAUUCCUUACGCUAAGCGUCUUUAGUUGCCUCAUAAUCAUAAUCAUACAUAAUGUAUGUAUACAUAUUGUUUUUGGUGCGGGAAUAUUUUACACUCGCCAUAAAUAGUCCAAAACUGUAUUAACGGAAACUGAUAGAGUUAGACCAAGAAAAGUCUAUAGCGAUUUUGAUAGCCCACGCAGUACAAGUGCCAUUUAUACGUCAUAAUUUUAUAGAAGUUUGAUGUUUAAAAUAACACUAGCACUGCGAGGGCUGUCAAAAUCGCUGCAGACUUUUCUUGGUCUAACUCUAUAAGAUCUCUAAGCACAUUUGGACCUUGCUACCUAUUUUUAAUAAAGUGCGACAUAUAAUAUUAGAAAUUAAAUGAGGGCGCGACUUUCUACGUAACUCACAUUUUGGUAAUUUAAAUAAUGACAACAAUUUAGUAUGAUUUUUUUUUAGUUCUAAUUUAUUUAAUUUCUCCUUCUUAUUUUAUCGAAUUAUAUCGGAUCGGAUCCGUAUAGUAUGACUUAACUGAAAUUCGUAAACCUUAUUGCAAAGGCAUGAGGUCAGUUCGGUGUUUUAAUGGCUAUAGGUACCUCUCGCGUCGAAUGAUGGUCUCUAUGACAGUUCCUACAAGUAUCUUUAGGUUGGGCUUAAUUUGAGAUAUAAUUGAAGUAAUAUGUUUUUACCGUAUUAUUCAGUUCUAAGUAUGGGGAACCCCCAAAAUUUAUGUUUUUUUUUUCUAUUUUAGUGUGAAAAUCUUAAUGCGGUUCACAGAAUACAUCUACUUACCAAGUUUCAAGAGUAUAGAUCUUAUAGUUUCGGAAAAAAGUGGCUGUGACAUACACGGACAGACAUGACGAAUUUAUAAGGGUUCCGAUUUUUGCCAUUUGGCUACGGAACCCUAAAAAGGAAUGUGCUAAAGUUCCAGAAAUGAUCUACAAACAUUUUACGUGAAGGGAGACUGUCAUUCAGACCAUCAUUCGACGCAAGAGGUAUAAUGCACUUAAUACUUGUUCGGUUAGUUGAUAUUUUUAAUUCUUAGGCUAAGAAUAAUGGUGCUUGACAAAAUUAUAAGUACAACGACUGUUGUUUGUUUCUAUUUUUUUUAUUAAAUCGGUGUUAUUAA